UUACGUCAAAAAAUGUCGUUCCCAAGAAGGUUUAUUUACCAAAAUAGAAUGAAAUGAUUGUAAAUUUCACUUCUCACUAAAAAUAGUACCGAAGAGAAGGCUUAACGACUCUCUACGAGAGCUUUAAAAGGAUAGUAAAGUGAUAGCGAUCCCUCCUCUGCGGUGUUUCUUUCUUUCUCUGCCAAACGACCGAACGGUAAUGGUAAAAGAGUACCGGCCGGAGCGACUUCUUCACGUCUUCAUAUAAAUACCGAAAUUGUGACCUAUUUUCCAUUAGUUUUCCUAUAUGUUGUGAUCGAGUGUGAAUUUUCUCGAGAGGAGAAUAAUAUGAUCGAGUAGAAAAGUGGGAAACGAAUGUGCGCGGUGAUUCAUUUAUUUGUGUUUUUGUUGAGUGUUUUUGGGGGCCAUUUGAGGUUUUAAAAUGAAGAUCAUUUUAAUGAUUCUGUUAUCAACAUAUCUAAGCAUCGUAAGAUCCGAUUACCCACGGUUCAAAAGAAAAGGAAUGGUGCAAAACGGACCACCGGCUCGCCUACCGCCACCCCCUACGCACCAAUUUGGAAAAAAAUGGGGGAAACCUCUGCAAAAACCUAUGCCCCACUUCAUUCACUCGAAGCCCAGGCCCAUGUUCCAGCAGCAACAGCCUAUGAGAGGAAACAGACCGGUCCCUAACAAACCCCAAAUCAUACCAGGUUUUAACGGUUACAUGCAAAACCAAAUGGUAUCAGGACCGAAAUAUCCACAGUUUUCACUGGCAGCCCAAAAACCUCCUCAAUUGCCCCCUAAAGAGUUUUACAAGAAACCACCGUCAAAUAAACUGCAUCAGGCGCAACAAUUCGUUCAGUUUCCAAUAGAAAAUCAGGUUCCUUCCAAAGUGAUCCAUAAACAAGAAAAACCAAUGUUCCACUCGUCCCCAAGCAUUCCAGCUGCCAUAGAGCACGACUACCACGUCCAAACAAACAACAUCCCGAUGACUGUAAACACCAUAAAGCAAGUGGGUGAAAAAGGCCCCAUCCACACUAUUCCAGCCCCAAACCUCACCCCAGCAGACAAACCUAGCAACUUGGAGUACCGUAAGCCACAUUAUCAGCACCAACAGGAAGUGAGAUUCCAACCGGAGAACCAUCACUAUCAAGUGUCGGAGGCAACAGACCAAGCGCCUCAACCAGCCCAUAGGGACCAAAUAAACGCCCAAACUCACUACAACAAUCAAAAUACCGCUCAGGCUUACCAGAAUUUACAAACGACUUACUUUGCCCAAAACAAUCUCGGGGUGACGAUGCAGGAAACCGGGAAUCAUGGUAUCAAUAUCGGGUUUGUCCAUCAAAGUCCACUGGAGCAACGCGGAGAGGAUAUGGUCUUUUCAAACAGCCAAAACUACCAAGUGGUAAACGCCCACUUUUCGACCGGACAACCCAAUAGCCAAAAUUUACACACACAAGCCAUACAGUCCAGCUAUGAGCAGCAACAGCCUCAGGGCCUCAACCAGUUUGUCAAGUCUGAUAACGCUUACGUGAACCAGUAUCAAGAAAAACAUGAUGAUAAUAAUAAAAACGUGGAGCCAGAAUAUCAUUCUUUUAAUUAUGACGAGCAGGCGCAUCAGGCUCAAGCAAAAUUAGGUCUUGUUACAGCAGGAUACUCCCUGGGGAGUGUAGAGAAAACUGGUAAUGGACAAGGUAUCAACUCCAGGAGUUCUUCUGUAGAUCCGUUAACUCAAUCCCAAAUUAUCCAAAGCUACUUUGACACCAGAUCAGAGAAUAAUGUGGAACCAGAUGCCAAGCCUAGUGGUUCUGGCUCUGAAAAGGAAGAACCAUUUUACAGUUCGUUGCCUAAUAAAGAGGCUGCUGAUAGGUUGGCGAAGUUGCAAGCAGCAGGUAAAGUUAACAGUAGUUUAAUGAAGAUCAGGGCUGAAGAAAAGCAUAAUGAUAUGGAUACUAUUUAUGUGCCAGAAGAGGGUAAUUUAGAUGGGAAAGAAGAUGUUGGCAGCAAAGAACAGUCGGGGGAAUACGAGGACUAUUCCCAAGAAGAGGAGACGUCUCAGUCUGAUGAGGACAUCAGUGGAUUUGGACAAAAAACUAAAUAUUAACAACUAAGAAAUCUUAUAUUUAUUUAUUUAUUUAUUGUAGAUUUUAUCUUGCCUGUACGCCAAACACAUUUAUAGAAAAAUUGUAUUAAACAUGUUUUGUA